CAACCCCCAGAACUGAAUCUCUCCUUUAUCCAAUCCUCUUUGGUGUAUGAGACCGAAAAAACGUCGACCACAUGCGUAAAAUUCACUCACACAACCGAAAAAUCCCAAACGACAAUCGACGACGCAAACGGUAAAUCGCAAGUACCAAGUACUCGCAAAAAAAAGGAAAAGAAAACGCGAAGUUGUAACGGCCAAUGGCCAACGUCGUGAGUUGACAAUUAAAAUUCCCGAGGGCAUAAUCGUGUGGAAAUACCCAUUAAAAAGUGAUUCCGUAGAAUUUAUUUUCAAUUAUUUUCUCAGGCCAACAAAAGUACAAAACCCUCCCCUCAUAAUUACCCACUGAUUUCGCAAAUAAAUCUAAAAAAAAAAUCAUCAAUUCAUUGGUGAUUCAUUCUCAUCACUCAACACUCGUCUUGUCAAUUCGAAUUUAUCAAUAAAAUCAUUAUCUCGACAUAUUGUUGAGGCAUUGAUGUGUCGGGUGGAUUGAUAAACCCGUCAAAUGCAAGUACGACCAAUAAAAACGUUCAAGUGCUGCUCGACUAUAUAUCGGCAUAUGUGAGGUGUCUCCUGCAAGAGAAAAAAUAAAUAAUUCAUUCAUCCCCAGAAACAACAGAGGAAUCCCUGAGAAACAGUCAUCCAGUGGUGAUAAUUGUCAGCUGUUGGUGCUGUCAAGAAAUGUGGCAGAAAAUUUUGAGAAACAACUACUAGUACUAUCGAUUUAAACGUCCGAUUGGUUAAGCCAGUAGUCCAUGCAAGUAUGGCUGCCCUGCCGUCACCGACGCAGGUGGCUGGAAGCCAUGUCGCCAUUUACGAAGCGUAUUACAAUCAGGUGGAUCCAAACGGUUAUGGGAGGAUUGGAGCGAUGGAGGCGGCACGGUUUCUCAAGAAAUCCCAGCUGAGUGAUGUGAUCCUCAGCAAAAUAUGGGACAUGGCUGAUCCCCAAGCCCGGGGUUCUCUCGACAAAUCUGGCAUGUUCGUUGCCCUGAAAUUAUGUGCCUUUGCCCAGGCUGGACACGAGUUGAAUAUCGCCAAUGUUAAUCUCGAUGUACCACCACCUAAAAUGGGUGAGAUACCAGUGAUAACGAAGAAAAGUCCAGCUGUACCACCACCACCUGUUUUGAGCUCAAUAAAUAAUGGAGAUUGGGCGAUUAAACCAGCUGAGCGGAUAAAGUACGAUCGAUUGUUCGAUAAUCUUCAGCCAGCUAAUGGUUACAUACCUGGCAAUAAAGUUAAGGGUGUGCUUAUGGAUAGUAAACUGCCCCUCGAGACACUAGGCAAAAUAUGGGAUCUUGCGGAUAUGGAUAAGGAUGGAAUGCUCGACAGACACGAGUUUGUCGUGGCAAUGCAUCUGGUUUACAAAGCUCUCGAGAAAUACGCGAUCCCAAGUGUAUUACCACCGGAACUUAUGCCACCGGGAAAAAGAAAAGAGUCUCUCGUUAUGAAUUCAACAUCUCCUGUACCACCAACCAUUCCACCUCUACCAACAGCAGCUGCUGUUAAUAAUCUAGUUGGAUUGGAGUCUAUGCAGCCGAUGCCACCUCAAUUACCACCACAACCGUCACCCCAGCCUCAACUCCAGUGGGUGGUGACUCCAGAGGAUCAGGCAGCAGCUGAUAAACUCUUCCUGCAGGCUGACAUGGAUAUGGAUGGAUUUGUGUCCGGUGGUGAGAUCAAGGACGUCUUCCUCCAGAGUGGACUACCCCAGACCAUUUUAGCUCACAUUUGGGGCCUUUGCGACGUCUGCCAGAGCGGAAAACUGAACAAGGAGCAAUUCGCUCUCGCCAUGUGGCUGAUAAAACAGAAACUCCGGGGCUCCGACCCACCACAGGCACUGACCCCGGAGAUGAUGCCACCGUCUCUGAGAAAAGCCAAGGAUGGAGGCGGCGUGGAGAACAAUAAUAUCUCAGGCUACUCCAACCCUGAACUCGACAUGAUCAGCAAGGAUAUCGCUGAAUUGGCAAAAGAGCGGAGAGCGAUGGAGCAAGAUGUUGCCCAGAAGGAGGCGGAUAUUAAAAUAAAAAAUGGUGAGAUCAAGAGUCUCCAGAGUGAACUGGAUACACUUGCUGCAACCCUCAAGCAGUUGGAGAAUCAGAGGGGCGAGGCCCAGAAACGACUGAAUGAUCUGAAGGCUCAGCGGGCUGAUGUAGAAAAUGAAUUGAGUCAAGUCGAGCAGGAAAUGCGUGAGGAGCAGGAAAAGGUGGACAAACUCCGUCAGCAAGCAGAAGAGCAGGAGUCAGUGCUUCGCUCCCAGGAAGAGGAAUUGAACACAAAGAGACAGGAGCUGGAGGGUUUGCGCCAGGAGGAGCAGCAGUUGGAGCAACAGCAAAACAGAAGCAGAGAUCAGCUAAACGAAUUAACAAAAAACCUCCAGAAUACUCAGCUUCAGAUAAGCCAGGCUAAGCUGAAGAUCACACAUCUGGAGGAGCAGCAGAGACAGAUGAACGAUGCAAUAGCGAUGUACGACUCGGCAUUGGCUGUUGGAGAUCCCACUCUGGUGACAGAUGCAAUUCUCCAGCUGCAUCCGGACAUUGACGUAGUCGAGCAGAUCGAGAGUGAGAUAGCACCGAAGAUCAAUGGUGUAAAUGAGGGUGGAAAGGUGGAUGGAUUCUCAGGUGUGAAUGGCAGUGAUGGAUUUGGCCAGGAGGAUCCAUUCGCCUCGUCCCAAGCUGCUGAAGCCUUUGGUACUCCUGGGGCUGAUCCAUUCGCCAAUUUUGAUGGCAGGACUAAUGUCUCUGGUGGAUUCACCAGUGAUCCAUUUGCUGCUAAACAAGACGCUUACGAUCCCUUUGGCGAUGGCAGGAGGAGUGAUAAUACUGGUGGUGAGACAAUACCCACUAAAGAUCCUUUUGGUGAUGAUCCAUUCGCCAAUCUUCACGCACCAACGCGUGCUGAGAGUCCCAGUCCAGCUCUACCACCAAAAAAAGCGAAACAACCACCACCAAGACCUGCACCACCUCGUCCAACAGCUGGACCUAAUCUCAGAGCAGCACCAGCUCCACCAACACCAUCACCAACACCCGAUCCAUUUACCAAUACCAAUGCUGAUCCAUUUGCUGCGCAGAAUGAUAAUAAUAAUGGAAACACUGGCUUUGGCUCUACAAUCACUGGUUUCGCUGAUUUCGCUAAUUUCGAUUCGAAGCCGGAAGUGGCGCAAACUCGAGGGGCAAAUUCAGCACCCGCUACCCAGAAGUUGCCAGACUUCACGGAGGAUCCCUUCAGGAACUAUCGAUACGAGGAUCUCUUUGAGAUAGCUGAUCCAUUCGCCGAUGACGAUGUCAAUGCCAACGAUUCAAAAUCGAAAGAGAAAAAAACCGAGACUAAAUUCGAUCCGUUCGGUCUAGAGAUGACAAACGAGGGAACGAGAGAUCCCUUCACCCGCGACUUCGAGUCCGACUUCUCCAAGACAUUUCCCCAGCCAUUUGUCAAGUCGAAGAACGACAAAUUCAGUCUACCACUGGAUAAGAACAACUCGUCGAAUAAUAACAGCAAUUCGUCGUCACCAAAACCUGUUAACAAACCGAUUAAUUUUGAUGAGGCAUUUUCAUCGAUCAAGAGAGAACGCACCAAGAGGUCUGAUAAUGUCAGUAUUGCUCAGGCAUUCAAGGAUAAAUUGGGAUUGGGUCACAAUAAUCUGCAGAAGAGCAAGAGUAAUAAUAAUAGUAAGACGUGGAAUGAGGAUGCUGCAGCCAAGAUAUCAGGGAAUUUGACUGAGAAUCAGCAGUUGGCGUGGGCUGCACAGCAGAGUCUCAGAGCUGAGGAGGAGAGAAAGAGGAUUAAGGAGCAGGAAGAGGCUGAUCUUGCUCUGGCCCUCAAGCUCAGCAGGGAGGAGAAGUCAAGCAAUAAGUUCUAACGAUUCUCAAACGAUAAGUAAUAUUCUGAAUUAAUUCAGCAGUCAAGUGGUGAAUGGAGAUAACUCGACUCAUCACUUCGCUCAGUUUUUCCGGGAUAUCUCCGGAACCAGCGGAGAUAGCGGAAUUUUUGUCCUUACCUUUUUUGUAGGGCUGAUCGAAAGCUGUAGAUAAGGUUAUCACAGAAAUUGUCCUGUGUUCUUUAGUUUCGGAGAUAUUGACGAAAAACUGGGAUAUCUCUCCGAAAAUGGAAAUCUACUUGAUUUAAUGAUUCGUUAAUGAUUUGAAAGUUGGAAUAAUUGUUUUCUCGUUUUGAUUGUAAUAGUUCGGUUAGCAAAUUGAAUAAUAUUCUUGACUUUUAGUUGUUGUCUUGUCAAUUGAGAUGACGAUGAUGGAAGUAUUAGUAAUCGGUAAAAAUAGAUUAAAAUUAAAUUGACAAUUGGAAAAAACGUAAAACGUGUUUUGUUCGUCCAUCAGGAGAAAAAUUCAUGCUGUAUUCUAAAGCCACGGAAAUAAACGGAAAAUCUACUCUAAUGUCUUGCUAACGCCUUCCCAAAACAAUGAGAUAAAUGAACAAUUUAUGAGAAAACAAUACAAUAACUAUAAAUAUGUAAACAAAGUUAUAAAGCACAGAAUAUAAGCAUUAUACGAUUGAAUUAAGUGGAGAAUAUUCUAAGAAUGAUUACGAAAAAUUUAUGAUGAAUAUUAAUCACUGGAGGAGUGAUAAAACGAUAAAUUUCUAUUUCAGUUUAACAACUGAUCGUGAAAUGAAAUUAAUCCAAGGUGAAGAUAAAAGAUCCGUCUUAAAUAUUCAAUAUCUACCGAACAAAUGAUUCCAUUUUGCUGAAUUUUUUGUGACAUGAAAAGCGAGAAAAUACCUUUAAAAUGGCCUCAACCUUUUCGAUUUCCACUCUGCCAAACUCGAAAUAUUGACGAUUAAAGAAGGAUUUUUUUCAUUUCCACUUUAGUUUUAUCAUUUUCCUGGUGAACCGUUGUGUUGGAUGAAUAAUUUACGCGUAAUAAAUUCAUAUCAGAAAUAAUCUUAAGCGCGUAAUAAGCACCACUAUUCCCAGAGCAGUCUAUCGAGAAUAAUUAAUCUCACUUCGUCUCAUUUUUUAAUUUUUUUUAGGAUAAAUGACGGAUUAACGGGUCAUUCUUCAGUUUGACGUAAUUCUCUCGGUAGAAUUUUGAUUUUAUUCUGAGAACCUCCUCUCAUGGUACUCAGUACGUUCCAAAGACAAAUAGUGUUCAAAGGUAUUGCAUGAUAGCGAUGAUGCUCGGUCUGAGGAGGAAAAGUCACCGGACUUGAACCAAUUGUAGUUUUCACAAUUUCCCCGAAAAUAUUCGCGAAUAUCUCAAAAACCGGGGGUCACAGAGAAAAAUAUCAAAUAAACUUUCCGUAGCUCUUGAAAUUUCCAACAAAAAAGCUCCCCACCAUUUUUUCCAUAACACCCUUAUUAACAGAGAUAUACGAGAUAACGACUGCAACAAUUUUUGAUGCUCGAGUGAUUUUUCCUCCCAGCUAAUCAGUUUGCAUUUUUCCCAAAAGCAAACUCAAUAAUUAUUAAUUACCUCCAACGUAAUGAUGUUUUAAGUACCUCCUGUUACUUGAUUGUCCCUUUCGUACUUUAUUUUAAGUUCACAAAACCCCGGAGACCUCAGUCGCAUACAUUUCCUUUCUCCAAUCAAUAAUUAUUUAAUUUCUGUACGAAUUAGUUUAUUAGAUAUCAAGUCUAUUAUCAUUAUAUUAUCGCGUACUACAGCUUUAUCUUAACCAUAUAAUUGUUUUGUAUAUAAUUACGGUUUCCAAGAAAACUCCUGAGAUUAUUUAGAGAAUUAAGUACGAAUAUAUCAUGACAUCUCUAUUCGUUCAUCACUCAAUUACUGUUGUUUAAACUUACACUUUAACUAGUCAAUUAUGUACGAUUGAUUUAAGAUGAGUCGAACCGAGCUAAAGACGAAGGUAAUAUUAACGAACAAUUGUUAUUAAUCUUUAUUCUCGCUCAACUUUAUUGAAAAAAAAGGACUAAAGACGGAAAAAAAAGUGUUAAUUGUUCACCAUUGUUACCUUUCACUUCUCUGCGCUUGAGGAUGAUGCUUUUGAAGCUUUUUUCAUUAACCAAUUAAACAAUUAAACAAAAAGAAAUAUGACAAAGAUUCGUGACGCUAAUUGGACCGAAGUGAUUAAAUGAGAUCCAUUCGAAAGCAAUUGAUCAGACAAUUGUAAAAUAAUUCAAUUGAAAAUGACAGCUGCUUGAAUAAUUAUUCACCAGAGUUGAAUAACAUUUUUCCACUUCUCUCUACAAAUCAUCACGAAUAUCUGACGUAAACAAAGACUUUUAAUUUCUGAUUAAAAACAAGAGAAAAAAAA